UAAUAGCUAUAACAACAAAUUAAAUCAACUUGAAAAAUGUACUGCGUGUUAGCGGUGUUAUGUUGGGCUUGUAUUGGCUUGACUUUCGGCCUGCCUCAGACACCAUUGCGUCCGAGAGUCAUCAACGGUCAAGAAGUGAGUCCCCAUUCGGUUCCCUAUCAAGUACUGGCUACGUUUGAUGACGGUCAUGGCCUUGGGUUUUCGUGUGGAGGCGUGCUCAUUUCGCAAUACGCCGUAUUGACAGCCGGUCACUGUGUCUACGGAAAUGUCGGCUGCACCGUCACUUUAGGAGUACACGAUAUAAACAAACCUGAACGUGACACCCGACAGGAAUAUAGAUCAUACGAAUUGUAUUUACACGAAGGCUAUGACGACAAUACCUUUCAAAACGACAUUGGCCUUGUUAAAUUGCCUCAGGCAGCGCAACUUACUUCGAGUGUACAAACGAUCGAUUUACCAACCCAACAAGAGGUCGAAAAUAUAGUAGGUCAAUAUGCUGUUGUUUAUGGAUGGGGCCUUACGGAUUAUGCUCAUAAUAUAGGUACUACCGUAUUGAAUGCUGGUACACUUCAAAUCGCGCAACCAGGCGCGUGUGGUCUAGAUGGUAAAAUGCAGAUAUGUACCAAUCAAGUCAACGGCCAGGGAUCCUGCUACGGAGAUUCAGGUGGACCUCUAGUCUACAACAAUAAGGUCAUAGGAAUCGUUAGCUACGGCCCAGAGAACUGUAGCGGACAAGACGUGUUUACUAAAGUUUCUAAUUAUUUGGACUGGAUAAAUGCUAAAGCAUUGCACAAAUCUCAUGCUACUAAGAAGUUUGUGGGGCCCAGAGUCAUAAAUGGAACAGAAGUUCAACCACACUCGGUACCUUAUCAAGUUCUGGCAGGGUUCGAUGACGGAAAUGGCGGAGGUUGGUCUUGUGGAGCGGUACUACUUUCUGAAUACUUCGUUUUAACCGCUGGCCACUGCAUUUUUGAGUCUGUGGCAUCAGAUAUCAUUUUGGGUGUGCAUGAUAUGAGUAAAACUGAAACUGACACAAGACAAGUCUUUAGAUCUUAUGAGCUGUUUUUACACGAGGCUUACGAUGACGACUAUUUACACAACGAUAUAGGCUUGGUUAAGCUGCCUCAGCCGGCUCAGUUUACAUCGUAUGUACAACCAAUAUCCUUACCAACUCAAGGGGAAGUGCAAAAUAUUAUUGGCCAGUAUGUCACCGUGUACGGUUGGGGACUUAUUGAUGGUGUUCGAAACAUAGGCACCAGCGUGUUAAGCAAAGGUACCCUGCAAGUAGUCGACGAUUCCGCUUGUCUCCAAGAAGCCGGCGACUUUCAAAGUCAGUCGCAGAUUUGUGCUCUUCAAGUAAAUGGACAAGGCGCUUGCUCGGGUGAUUCGGGUGGUCCUCUGGUAUACAAUAACAAAGUGAUAGGAGUCGUCAGUUAUGGACCCGAACAUUGUGUAGGAGAACCUGACAUCUUUACAAAGGUUUCUAACUACUUGGAUUGGAUUCAUGGGAAAAUGCAAUAAACUACCAAUGUAAAUGCUAAAAAUAUAUGGUUGUAAA